UUACAAUCUCUCUUUCAUAACCUCUGUCUGUGUCUUUUCAUUUUCAUUUUAAUUUUUUUUCUGUCUUUUUUUGUUCCCUUCACCGGAGCUUCCUUUCCUCACCGGAAUUCUUCCUAUUCCCACCCCCUUUCCUCACCAACCCACACCCAACAACCCUUUAGCAAUACCCGGUUCAAAAUUCAUCUUUUUCACCAAUCCAAGUCAAUUUCAUGAACUGGGUUUGACUUGGAAUCAUCAACAAAGUUUCUCAAGUUUUGAUUUUUCCAAAAAAGAGUGAUUUUUCAACGUUUCAUUGUGUUCUAGAGAGAGAAAAAAAGUGGGUUUUGAUUUUUAGAGAGAGAGAGAGAGAGGUUUUGGUUGAAUGGUUGUGCAGAGAAGAAGAAGUGGUUGGAGUUGUUGUUUAUGAUGACCGGAGGUCCGGUUAGGGAUCGGAGACGGUGGCGGUGUUUCGGUGAAGAUUUUGCAUUGAAUGGCAGAUCUUGUUAACUUAGGGAAUGCUGCUGAUCGUAACAUUGAGCAAGCACUGAUUGCUUUGAAAAAGGGUGCUCAACUUCUUAAAUAUGGUCGUAAGGGAAAGCCAAAAUUUUGUCCAUUUAGACUCUCUCCUGAUGGAUCAUCUUUAAUCUGGAUUUCAAGUGGCGGUGAAAAAAAACUGAAGUUAUCUUCUGUCUCAAGAAUCAUUCCUGGACAAAGAACUGCUGUUUUCCAACGGUACCUGCGUCCUGAAAAGGAUUAUGUGUCUUUUUCACUUAUUUAUAAUAACGGAAAGCGGUCCCUUGAUUUGAUUUGCAAAGAUAAAGUUGAGGCAGAUGUGUGGAUUUCUGGUCUCAAAAAACUGAUAUCCUCAGGUCAAGGUGGUCGGUCCAAAAUUGAUGGAUGGAGUGAUGGUGGCCUCAAUCUUGAUGAUAGCAAAGAUUUAACAUCCAAUAGUCCAAGUGGAAGUUCAGCUAGUGCGUCACUAGACAUCAGUUCUCCUGACAUUUCUGUGAGUCUUCCAAGCACAUCACCGAACUCCUAUCGGCCUGACAAUACCUUGAAUUCCGAAAGAUCACAUGCACGAUCAGAGUCAACAAAUAUGCAAAUAAAAGGAUCUGGUACUGAUACUGUUCGUGUUAGUGUUUCAAGUGCUACAUCUAGUCAUGGAUCAGCACCAGAUGACUACGACGCUCUUGCGGAUGUGUAUAUAUGGGGGGAAAUUAUCUGCGAAAACAUCAAAGUUGGUGCAGAUAAAAGUGUCCAUUUCUGCCCAAGGGCAGAUGUUCUUCUCCCGAGACCACUGGAAUCAAAUGUAGUUUUAGACGUACAACAUAUAGCAUGUGGUGUUAGACAUGCUUCGUUAGUCACUAGGCAAGGUGAAGUUUUUACGUGGGGCGAGGAAUCAGGAGGACGUCUUGGCCAUGGUGUUGGGAAGAAUGUGGUUCAACCGCGUCUAGUUGAAGCGUUGACUUCUACAACUGUUGACUUUGUUGCAUGUGGGGAGUUUCAUUCCUGUGCUGUUACGAUGACCGGGGAACUAUAUACAUGGGGUGAUGGUACUCAUAAUGCUGGGUUGCUUGGUCAUGGCUCUAAUGCUAGUCAUUGGAUACCGAAGAGAAUUGGAGGUCCGUUAGAUGGGCUUCAAGUUUCCUUUGUUGCUUGCGGUCCAUGGCACACAGCCUUGAUUACUUCAACUGGGAAGCUGUUUACAUUCGGCGAUGGAACUUUCGGUGUCUUGGGACACGGAGAUAGGGAAAAUGUUUCAUAUCCUAGAGAAGUGGACUCAUUAUUAGGGUUGAGAACAAUAGCCGUUGCAUGUGGAGUGUGGCAUACUGCAGCUGUUGUAGAGGUUAUCGCAACACAAUCUAUUGCUAGUUUAUCAUCAGGUAAAUUGUUUACUUGGGGAGACGGAGACAAAAAUCGCCUCGGGCAUGGGGACAAGGAGUCACGGCUUAAUCCAACUUGCGUGCCUGCAAUUAUUGAUUACGAUUUUAAAAAAAUUGCUUGUGGACACAGUUUGACAGUAGGACUGACAACAACCGGUCGUGUUUUUACCAUGGGAAGUACUGUUUACGGUCAGCUCGGGAAUCCUCAGUCCGAUGGAAAGCUUCCGUGCUUGGUUGGUGAUAAGAUUGCGUUGGAAUCCGUUGAAGAAAUUUCUUGUGGUGCAUAUCAUGUGGCUGUUUUAACAUCCAAAAAUGAAGUUUAUACUUGGGGUAAAGGUUCAAAUGGGAGAUUAGGUCAUGGAGAUCUUGAAGAUAGAAAAACGCCAACUUUGGUUGAAGCGUUGAAGGAUCGACAUGUGAAAUAUAUUGCAUGUGCUUCAAAUUACUCUGCCGCCAUUUGCCUUCAUAAGUGGGUCUCUGGUGCUGAGCAGUCUCAGUGUUCUACUUGUAGGCAAGCAUUCGGUUUCACUCGAAAGCGGCACAAUUGUUAUAAUUGUGGGCUUGUGCACUGCCAUUCAUGCAGUUCAAAGAAAGCAUUAAGAGCAGCACUUGCUCCCAAUCCUGACAAGCACUACCGUGUGUGUGAUUCUUGUUACGCCAAAUUGAGCAAGGUUGCAGAAGCUAACAAUAGUAAUCGGAGGAAUGCUUUGCCGCGUCUUUCGGGUGAAAACAAGGACAGGUUAGACAAGUCUGAGCUAAGAGUGUCCAAGGCUCUUAUUCCUUCAAACAUGGAUUUGAUAAAGCAGCUAGAUAAUAAGGCAGCAAAACAAGGAAAGAAAUCCGAUACAUUCUCGCUUGCUCGCAACUCACAGACACCUUUGCUACAGCUGAAAGAUGUUGUCUUCGCCACUGCUGCUGAUCUGAGACGAACAACUCCAAGACCGGUGAUUGCACCGUCGGGAGUAAGUACUAGAUCCGCAUCCCCUUUCUCUAGAAGAUCAAGCCCUCCUCGUUCAGCUACGCCUAUUCCAACAAUGUCUGGUCUUUCGUUUUCCAAAAAUAUUGCUGAUAGUUUGAAGAAAACAAAUGAACUUUUGAAUAAAGAAGUGCAGAAGUUACAUGCUCAGGUCGAGAGCCUGAAAAACAAAUGUGAACGGCAAGAAUUAGAGGUUCAAAGGUCAGCAAAAAAGACUCAAGAAGCUAUAGCACUAGCUACCGAGGAGUCUACUAAAUGCAAAGCUGCAAAACAAGUUAUAAAGUCACUUACAGCUCAGCUCAAAGAUCUAGCUGAGAAGCUUCCACCUGAAGCUUAUGAUGCUGAGAACAUUAGACCAGCUUACCUACCAAAUGGUCUCGAGUCGAACGGCAUCCACUAUCCGGAUACAAAUGGGGAGCAGGACUUGAGGGCGGAAUCAAUCAGUGGCUCAAGUUUGGCCUCCAUAGGACUUGAAUCCUCUCUGUUCAACAGAACAGCCCGUGAUUUGCCUGGAGCCUAUGGAACUAAUCUCCACCAGCAAAUCCGGGGUGUCGUAACCUCUAACGGGACCAGUAAUCAUCCAGAUGUGAAAUUGCCGAGUGGGGGCAAUGUGAUUCAGCCAAGCAGUAGUAGCUUGUCGGAUAUUGUUGAAGGGAGGGAUUCUGGGAAUUUCCGUGAUGACGAGAGUGGUGUGAAAUCGACAAAUGCUGCAUUGGCUACUAGUAGUAAUAAUCAAGUUGAUGCAGAAUGGAUUGAACAGUAUGAACCUGGUGUCUAUAUAACACUGGUGGCCAUGCAUGAUGGAACAAGAGAUCUGAAACGAGUGCGAUUUAGCCGGAGGAGAUUUGGAGAGAACCAAGCCGAGAAUUGGUGGUCAGAGAACAAAGACAAGGUAUACGAAAAAUACAACGUUCGUAGCGUGGACAAGUCUUCUAGCCAAGGAGCGCAUAAGGCAGAGGGUGCUGGUUCUCCUGCUUCCCAAACAUAGGUAAAGUAGAGGAAGGAAACUUAUACAUUAACCCCUUUUAUCGCAACGAGGAAGUUGUAGAGAAGCACAGAUUAAUAUGAAGAAACCUUGAAUCCUUCCUCUUGCGUAAUUAUGUUCAAAGCUAUCAAAUUCGGAAGUCUGCAUAAACUCGUGGAGCUUCAAUUGAUAUUAGAUUCGACCCAGACUCGGACAAUUUUACUAGUUGACUUGAGUUUAACAAUCAUGGUUAUGUCUACCUAGUUUUCUUCUCAAUCUUAUUUAUUUUAGGCAGAUGCCAUUUAUAUAUUUGUUGUAGUGCAGUGUAUAUAAAAUAAAAUAACUAGUUCACAUAAUUUUGGUGCAGGAACCACCCCUACUUAUUUAACCUUUUUUAUUUUCUCUGCCUGUACAUUUUAUUGCCUUAUGAAUGUUCUAUGGAUUCAAAUGUAUACAUGAUGAUAGUUAUAUCAUUCAUUCAAUUUUUUCCCUAAA